CCGGGCAGCUGGGAGACCUAGGACCACCUGUGUGCACCUGUGGGACGGGCUCUUGAGUGCUGGUGCCUACCUACGUGUUCCCCAGAGUGUCAAAGGACCUUCCUGUUCUAGCUAGUUAAGAAGGCGGCGUAGCCCCUAAUUUGGGGGAAAUCCUCAAAAAUUCAAACCCCGGACAAAGUUCACUCACCCACCUCCCCCUGAGCAUCCCACUCUCCUCCUCUUUCUUGAUUCCCCUAAAUCAAAGUCAGGCUUGAGCUGACUUUUAGUCUCGAAAGCAGACGGGCAGAAGAAACUCGAACCCGGACUCGGGAAGAAAAGCUUGGCAAAGCUCCACACUAAGGGGACGCAAGAGACCGUGAGGUGAGGGGAAAGUGUUUCAACAGGAACUAAGGGUGCCGAGGAACCUCUGCUGACUUUAAGGCCGCCGCAGUCACAGGCUUUCAGCCCAGAGCUCUGUCCCCUUUAGCCAUCGCCAUGUCCUCCCCUGCGAACGUCUCUGCCAUUGUGGCACCCGGGAACCAGCCGGGUCAUCUCCCUCCCGUGACAAUUCCAGCGGUGAUGUUCAUCUUCGGCGUGGUGGGCAACCUGAUAGCUAUUGUGGUGCUGUGCAAAUCUCGAAAGGAGCAAAAAGAGACGACCUUCUACACGUUGGUCUGCGGCCUGGCAGUCACCGAUCUGCUGGGCACAUCGCUGGUCAGCCCGGUCACCAUUGCUACCUAUGUGAAGGGAGAGUGGCCCGGGGGCGAGGGGUUGUGUGAAUACAGUACCUUCAUCCUUCUCUUCUUCGGCCUCUCCGGCCUCAGCAUCAUUUGCGCCAUGAGCAUCGAACGCUACCUGGCCAUCAACCACGCCUACUUUUAUAGCCACUACGUGGACAAGAAGCUGGCCGGUCUCACGCUCUUUGCAGUUUAUGUCUCCAACGUGCUCUUCUGCGCCCUGCCCAGCAUGGGGCUCGGGAGCUCCACGCGUCAAUUCCCUUACACUUGGUGCUUCAUAGAUUGGCGCACCAACGUGACCACUCACGCCGCCUUCUCCUACAUGUAUGCUGGCUUUAGCUCCUUCCUCAUCCUCGUUACGGUCCUCUGUAACGUGCUGGUCUGCAUGGCCCUCAUCCGAAUGCACCGACAGUUCGUGCGUCGUACGUCGCUGGGCACUGACAGCCACCACCAUGCUGCGGCUGCAGUGGUCUCCGCUGCCUCCUCCAGCCUGGCCUCCUGCUCCGCUGUCCCUAGGCUCAGUGAUUUUCGUAGACGCAGAAGCUUCCGCCGAAUUGCUGGGGCAGAGAUCCAGAUGGUCAUCUUACUCAUUGCAACGUCUUUGGUGGUGCUCAUCUGCUCCAUCCCUCUCGUGGUACGUGUCUUUGUGAACCAGCUAUACCAACCAGAAAUUGAGAAAGAUAUCAGCAAGAACCUUGACCUGCAGGCUAUCCGAAUUGCUUCAGUGAACCCUAUUCUAGACCCUUGGAUCUACAUCCUUCUCCGAAAAACAGUGCUCAGUAAAGCAAUAGAGAAAAUCAAAUGCCUUUUUUGUCGCAUUGGUGGGGGUCACAGAGAACGAUCAGGGGGCAACUUUAACUGCACAGAAGGCCACAGGACAUCUGCUAUGUCCAGCCACUCAAGGUCGUUCAUUUCCCGGGAGUUGAAGGAGAUCAGCAGCACCUCCCAGACUCUCCUUUAUAUGCCAGAACUCAGUGAAUCUGGCAUUGGUGGUCGUAAUUUGUUGCCAGGAGCUGGGCCUGGGCUACCCCCAUCAGAUACCACCUCGCUAAGGACUAUGCGGAGCUCAGAGACUUCAGAUUCCUCCCAGGGGCAAGACUCAGAGAGUGUGAUAUUGGUGGAUGAAGCUGGUGGAAACAGUAGGGUAGCAGGACCUGCACAUAAGGGAGGCUCCCUGCAAGUCACUUUCCCUAAUGAAAUAUUAAACUUUUCAGAAAAGUGUAUAUAGUGGGUAUAGAAUAAAUAACCAUGCUGUUUCCAGGUCCAGUGUACUAGACACAUCCAAGAGGGAUUUGGUCGGGCUCUGAAGGGCUGUUUUUGUCUUGCCACCCUCUCCAGAGCAAAGCACCCACUCCUGACUAUUGAUCAGGUAUGUCCCUCGGACGCCAGACACUCAGUGCCGUGGCUGUGACGUGUCCGUGACCUAGGAUCGCUCCUAGGACUUGAUGUCUGGAAGAAUCCACUCGUUGCCACACUCAAGAUGGUAGAUGUUAUUCCUUUGGUAUCAGGAAGUUAAUAUCUGACACUGAGCAAUGGGUCAGAUCCUAAGAAGGCUCUGUUCAGAUAAAAUACAAGGACUGUUUGGUAGACGAUUUCAGUGUCUCUCUAAAGCAUGAAAAUGUGAAUUUUUAUUGCUGUAUAUAUCAUGAUUGAAAGUAUUUAAAGUAUUUUCUUCUCCAUGAGAAGGUUUUAUUAUUAAUACAAGGUAUGAUGGAAGAAUUGCAUACACUUUCCUCCCAAUAUUACCUGCUGAUGUUAUAGAUGCUACAGGUGUAUGAUUUAUUUUUCUCAAGGCACGUUCAGGCCAAGCUGUGAUUGGUUGAUUGAUGGAACCAGUAGAUCUGAAAUUUUAAUGAGAACUUUUAGUAGUAUCAGAUGAGUAAAAAAAAAAAAAAAAGUAGUGAUUGGGCUAUAAUUUUCUAAUUCUAAGUUCUAAAAGUUCUUUCCAAAGUAUGUACUAUACAUAUUAAAAGACAGAGAGAAAGGUAUGUUUGUCCUUCAAAGGAAAUCAUUCUUUUAGAAGAACCAAAUAUGCUGGCAAAUAUUUCCCCUUUAAGUCCCCACUGACACACUGAUUUUAGUAAUGUGCUAUGAAUCUACAUGUCUUUAAAUGAAUAACUCCCCAACUGAAGUGUAUAAUGUUAAAAAAAAUUCAGGUCUCUUGUUUUUAUUUUUCCAUCAAAAUGAUAUGUAUAUAUUUUCACCUAGUUGCCGGAAAAAAUCUAUGACAUUCAUUAAGUUUUGAGUGGAAAAUGAGUCACAUCAUUUAAGAAAAUUCCUAUUUGCCAUAUGUGGAAGGAUUGGAAGAUUUGGAUUUCCACAAGGCAGACAUGGAAGUAUAAUUGUAUAAGGAUUGCAGAAUGAGGUUCUUUCAGAAUCCACUUAUAACAACUUAUUAUAUCACACAUUAAUCCUGUACAGAAAUUUGGAGGAACCUUUUUUCAAAGAAAUAUUAAGCAUGUUCUGUUGCCUAAAGUGUUUUGUGAAUUGCUUUAUUGUAAUUAAAUUCUGAGCCUCUUAUUGGUACUGUUUGAGAA